AAGGAAUUGUUUAUCUGAAUUAAAAAUUUAAUACAUAGUGACUACUCACGUCAGCAGGUCUGCAUAGGUCUUUAUCUUAAAGGAUGUAUAUUAAUGUGUGAUAAACAAUUAUUAGUUCCGAGUUUUCGCCGAAUUUGUUUAUUUUAAAAGCACUUAAAGAAACAUUUGCUGAUAACAUAAACAGCUGCACAACUGAUUUAAAGCAGGAAACGGAAGAAAAAGCAUAUAGCAUAUUUCGAUUGAUAAUAUCAGUGGAAACACUUUUUCCUGUACCCUCCCUUCGUCUCUGGUCUAGCACAUGUGACGAGUUCUGACGAGACGCUACGAGUGGAGAAGAAGCACUGGGGACGCCAAGGUCGUUGAGAGAGUGGCUCCACCGUCCCCAACAAUUCUUAUCUCUUCAUUCAAAACUGUAAUAACUGUGAUAUUAGUGCCUGCAAAAUGUCUUCGGACAAUAAAAAAGUGUGUUUUAAAAACUUUGAAAAGCAACACAAGAUUCCUUUCGUAAUUUACAUCCAUAUUGAAGCAGCAAGAAUACCAACGCCGGGUGACAAAUCAAUAUUUGUCCAAAAACCUUGCGGAUUCGCUUAUUCGAUUAAAUGUUUCUACGAUAGUUUUUUAUCAAAGUGUGAGAGUUAUUAUGGUAACGACUGCAUGAAACUGUUGUGGGAACGUUUGGAAAUUGAAGCCAGUGACAUAAGUGAAAAACUGAAAUCAAAAGUCGAACCAUUAAGCUUGAACGAGGAACAAAUAAAUCUGAUGUCGAAACUAACUAAAUGCUACCUCUGCAGUGAAGAUUUAGAACGAGAAAAAGAGCCUGAUUUUCAUCCGCUAACUGGGGAUUAUUUGGGAUCAGGACACAAAAAAUGUCUAGGCUAUCGGAAAAUCCCGAAGUCUAUUCCAGUUGUGGUUUCUAAAAAUGGAUUGAGAUUUUUAUUGGGAGAGCUGAGUAAAGACAAACUUAAAAACAUUUUUUUUCUUUGUGGGAACAAAGAAGGCAAAUUCGGAUACAUAAGUCAAGUUCCGGGGUUACUUAGUUUAAAAUUUGUAGAAUCUUCUCAAUUUCUAGAUGAUGAGUUUGAAAGUCUAGAUAAGGUUUUGAGCGAUUCAAAGAAGAAGAGCGUCAGAAGGAAGUUUAAAGAAGAUGAAAAGUUUUAUUUAAUGAAAAUGAAGACUUGGGUUCCGUUUUCGUAUCUGGACUCUUUUGAAAAACUUACCGAAAGCGAUUUCCCUCCUCCGUCCGGGUUUUACGAUCAGCUUGAAGAUGAAGAAAUUUCGCGAGAAGAGUAUAAUCGUGGUGUUCACAUUUGGACGACUUUUGGAUGUGAGAAUGUCGGUGAUUAUUUGAAAGUUUGUUUACAAUCCAGCGUUUUACUACUGGAAGAUAUUUUCGAAAAUUUUCGAACGCUUUGUUUAGAUAAGUACAGGUUAGAUCCGUUUCACUAUUGUACUAUUGCUUCUUUUGCUUGGGACGUUAUGUUGAAAUACACAAAAGUUAACUUAGAAUUGUUGAAGGAUGAGGAAAUGAUCGCUUUUAUCAAAGAUAAUAUUCGCGGUGGAAUUGUACAAUGUUCGAAACGAUAUGCACUUGCGAAUAACAAGUUUUGCCAAUUUGACAAAACUAAACCACCUAAAUUUAUUGUGUAUUUGGAUGCGAAUAAUUUGGGAGGUUGGGCCAUGUCACAGUGUUUGCCUUAUUCCAAAUUUCGGUGGAUGAGUGGUAGUGAAAUUGAAGAAAUUACUCCAGAAUUAGGUAAACUUGAAGAAGAGGGUCCUGAUGGUUACAUUUUUGAAGUCGAUUUGGAUUAUCCGAAGAAAUUACAUGAGAAGCACAAUGAUUUACCUUUUUGUUACCAACAUUUGACUAUACCUCAGUCAGGACAAACUCUACGGAUUUUGAAUUUCUAUAACAAAAAAAAUUACGUUACCGACUUCCGAAAUUUAAAACAAUGUCUUUCGAAUGGUCUCAUUCUAAAAAAAAUUCAUCGCGGUUUGAAAUAUAAACAGCUAAAAUGGUUAGAACCCUACAUAGCUUAUAACACAAAACUACGAGCAAGUGUAGUAUCUGAUUUUGAAAAAAAACUUUACAAACUACUCAACAAUUCGGUUUUUGGUAAAACAAUUCAGAAAGCAAGCACCGAUAAACCUAUCUAUGCAGGUUUUUGCAUUCUAGAAUUAUCAAAAAAAUUUAUGUAUGAUUUUCAUUACAAUACGAUGCUUCCCAGAUACCCCAAAAAAAUUAAUCUUCUCUACAUGGAUACCGACUGUUUCAUUUACGAAAUCGAAACCAGUAAUUUUUUCCGUGAUUUACAAUUGGAUGAGGAGUUUUUAGAGCUCUUUGACACUUCAAAUUUAGAUAAGCGAUGGGGGAUCCCCUCAAAGAAUAAAAAAGUUCCGGGAAAAAUGAAAGAUGAAUGUGAUGGAAAAAUCGUACGUGAGUUUUGCGGUGUCGGAGCUAAAGUCUACUGUUUAGAUGUUGAAGGUGAAGAGAUGAAGAAAGCUGUAGGGGUGAAAAAAUAUGUGAAGAGGAAGUAUAUUUCAGUGGAAGAUUAUCGUAAUUGCGUUUUAAGAGAUAUUGUAAUUAGGAGAAGCUUCCUCGAAACAGUGUGUAAAAAUUAUGAGGUAAAGACAUAUCAGGUGAAUCGAGUAGUUUUAUCGCCGGGAGAUAAAAAGCGCUGUAUUAGGGAAAAUAAAGUUGAUACAGAUGCGUGGGGGUAUUAUGAACAAUGCGACGAUUGAUAAUGGGUUUUACAUGUACGUACUACAUAUUUGAGAAAUAUUUUAUUUAUUAUUGUUUGCGUGUACAAUAAUUUGUCUAAGUUUGAUUUUAUAGAAUUUUAUUUAUAGUUACGAUUACUGUUUGCAGUAUUGCUUUAAGUCUAGAACCUUGGUUUCUAAAAAAAAAAUAUUUUUUGCCAGUUAUGUUAUUUUGUGGUAAGACUUCUUGUACCUAUAA